AUGGAUUUAACUCCUUUUUUUCCUUUAAAUGGCAAAGUAGGUGUUGUUCCUUCUUUGACUGGGUCUUAUUUUGCUUUUCUUUCUUAUCCUUCACGAUUAAUUAUACGUUCUACAAUAUCAUUAUCUAUUAAACGUGUUAUAAAUCUCGACCCUGAAUUUUGUCAAGGAAUUUCAUUUAUACAAUGGUGUUAUAUUGAAGGAAGUGAUAGAAUUCUUGCUGCUGAUAAUAAGAAUGUAAAGGCAUGGAUUUUGGAAGAUGAUAAAUGGGAACUUAGCAUUUUUGAAGGGCAUGGUAUCAAAAAUAUACAGUGGAGUAAAAAUGGGUCUGAGAUAUUAAUAUGGACGGAUUUUUUAUUGAAACUUAUUGUAUGGUCUUUUUCAAAAAAUGGCGGAUCUAUUAUACAUUGUCCUAAAUUUGUUAGUAAAGGAUAUGAUUAUCGGCCUACAUCAACUCAUUUUGUUCUCAUUACGCGACCUAUGUCUCAUGAUUUUAUUACUCUUUUUGAUUAUAGUUUUACUCCAUGGAGACUUUUUAAAGAAUGGUGUUUACCUACCGUAGAUGCUCAAGGGUGUAGCUGGUCUCAGGAUGGGAAAUGGCUUGCUGUUUGGGAAUCGCCUAUGGAGUAUAAAAUACUUUUAUAUACAUUGAAUGGUUAUCUUUUGCAGCAAUAUUCAGCAUAUGAUGUUGGUCUUGGUAUAAAAACUGUUCAAUGGAGUCCCCCUAUAGGACAGUUUGUCGCUAUUGGCUCAUUCGAUGGGAAAGUACGAUUUCUUGAUAAUUUUACAUCUAAUUCUGUUAUCGAGAUGACGCAUGCAACUAGUAUAAGAUUUGAUGGUGCUACAGUAUGGAAGGAGGUUUUAACUUCUUCUCUUCCGAAAUAUGAAGUUAUACCUCAGCCUGUCUCUCUUCCUUUUAUACGUCCGAAUAUACAAGAUCCAAUCUCUUGUCUUGGUGUUGGAAUAUUGUUAUUUAAUAAUGAUGGUAGUUUAGUUGCAACUCGAAAUGAUAAUAUGCCUACAGUAUUAUGGAUAUGGUCUUUAGUUGAUCUUACUCUUAUUACUAUUUUGAUACAUUGUAAUUCUAUAAAGACUGUUGAAUGGUGUCCUUUUAAUCCAUUUUUAUUAAGUAUUGUUUGUUCUGGUGAAUUAAAAGUUAACAACUGUGUUUAUUUGUGGAAUUAUUACUGGUAUGAACCAAAAGCUGUUCUGCUACCAAAAUAUGACUUUAAUGUGAAAUGGUUGCGUUGGUUGCAAAAACCACAAAAUAUAGAUAAUGAAAAGCAAAUUGGUAUCGUUGUGGGUGAUAAAGAAGAAUUUGUUAUUGGUUAUAUUAUAGAGAAUAAUAUUGAAAGUAUCGUUAGUGAAAAAAAUAAUGAAUUUGUAGAGAAGUUAGAUGAUAGAACUAAUCAUGAAAUUGAUAUAAAGAAUGGUAUGAGUUAA